CUGAAGUACGGCAGAAGUGGCGCGGCUGCAAGUGGCGGGUACAGUGUCUUCUCAUUUUCCAAGAUCAAAUUUAAUCAUCACUAAUUACCGGCAGGCACACAUGCAUAUACAUACAGAGUAGAGGCCGCCGCCUGGCUUUUCAUUCAUUCAUUCGAUCAGAGUGUCAAUUCAAAUUAAAAAAGAUCUAUCAAGAGAAAUUAUUCAGAAAGAAAUGGGAGUUCCGUCGUUUUACAGAUGGUUAGUGGGUAAAUACCCCAAAAUAGUUGUGAACGCAGUUGAAGAAGAAACGGAUUCCAGCUUGCCCAACCCAAAUGCAGGAUUUCUUCACGAGUUCCAUAACUUUUACGUGGACAUGAAUGGGGUCAUUCACCACUGUUUUCACCCGGAGGAUGCGCUCUCUCCUCCUACAACGAAUGAGGAAGUGUUUGAGGCCAUAUUUGAUUACCUUGACCGGCUGUUUAACAUUGUACGACCUCGGAAGCUGCUUUACCUUGCAAUAGAUGGAGUCGCCCCGAGGGCGAAGAUGAACCAACAGAGGUCUCGGCGUUUUAGGACCGCUAAGGAUAAGCAGAUAAUGGAAGAGGAGGAGAUGAAGCUAAGGAAAAGGUUUGCUAGUGAGGGUAAAGAGGUGCUGGAGAAAGAGGAGUCUCAAGUGUCAGACUCGAAUGUAAUCACUCCUGGCACUGCAUUUAUGUAUACCCUCUCUCUCAAGCUACAAACUUACAUUCAAAAUCGGAUCAAAUCUAAUAAGGGAUGGAAGGAUAUCAAGGUUAUUCUGUCAGACUCUAAUACACCCGGGGAAGGAGAACACAAGAUAAACUCUUUUAUUCGUGCCCAACGAACAUUCCCAGAUUAUGAUCCCAACACUCGCCAUUGUCUAUAUGGUUUGGAUGCUGACCUGAUAAUGUUGGCAUUAGCUUCCCACGAGCUUCACUUCUCUGUUUUGAGGGAGAAUGUUUUGAUUCAGGAUGACAUUUCAAGCAGUUUAUCAUCUCUUCAGCUUAGCCUCCACAAAGCUGAAAGUCAUACUGUGAGUAGUAGAGGGUGGUUUAGAAAGCAUGAUGAUGGUGUUGUUACAUGUGAUAAGGUGAAGCACUUCCGUGAAGCCAAGAAUAAAUUUCAGUUCCUUAAUGUUUGGGUGCUUAGGGAGUAUUUGGACCUUGAAAUCUGCACGGAUCUUAUAGAGGAUGCUAAAUUUCAUUCAAACAAUAAUAAUAAUGCUGGUGCUUCCUUUCCAGAAGCAUCUGAAUCCCAACUGCACAAUGAGAAAAGAGUGGAACGUCCAAAUGGUUCCAAAGCUGAUUUGGAGAGAGUUAUUGAUGAUUUUGUUUUCAUGUGUUUCUUUGCUGGGAAUGAUUUUCUUCCUCAUAUGCCAACCCUUGAUAUUCACGAGGGGGCUAUUGAUCUUCUUAUAUAUGUAUACAAGAAAGAGUUCAAGAAUCUUGGUGGGUACUUGGUUGAUAUUGAAAGGGUUGAUGCACCGAAAGGUGGCUGCAUUAAGUUGUCCAGAGUUGAAAAGUUUAUCCUCUCUGUUUCUGCAUUUGAAGAGAAGAUAUUUAUGAAAAGAAUGAAAAUCAGAGAAAAGAGAAAUAGGCGGAUUGUGUUUGCAAGCGAGGAUGACGAUCUGCAGGACGAGGAGGGAAACAAUGAUCUAGUUCUUGAUUCAAAAAAGGACGUUGACAUCUCCGCCCUAGAUAUUCUGGAAAAUACUAAGGAAUUGAAGCAGAAGUUGAAGGACAGCCUCCGUCAUAAUGCCGAUACCUUCAAACAUGGUGUAGUUGCCGAUAAGGUAAAGCUUGGUUUGCCUGGUUGGAGGGAGCGCUAUUACAUGCAAAAAUUCAAACUGCAAAGCCAAGCAGAUGUGGAAAGAACUCGAAGGGAUGUUGUUACACACUACACCAAGGGCCUUCUUUGGGUCCUAUUAUACUACUUUAAAGGGGUACCAUCUUGGGGCUGGUACUAUCCAUAUCAUUAUGGUCCCUUCGCUUCAGACAUGAAAGGGAUGGCGCAGACUAGUGUGAAAUUUAAGAUGGAAGAACCUUUUAAGCCCUUUGAUCAGCUAAUGUCUGUCCUUCCUCCUGGGAGUGCUCAUGCCCUCCCAAAUGCAUACCAAAGGCUUAUGCAGGAUGACAAGUCAAGGAUAAUUGAUUUUUAUCCUACAAACUUCGAGACAGAUAUGGAUGGGAAAAGAUUUUUGUGGCAGGUUGCAUUUUGUUCCCAGUUUUGCACAAUAAAAUCAAGCUUUUUCUUCCUUAAUUACCAAUGUAGUCAAAAUUGCCAAUGUUUGUUUCUCUUCCACAAUUGGAAGAGUCGUUUGCCAUUCAUAGAGGAAGGACGUCUUAUGGUGGAGACAAAGAUAAUCAAUCAUAGCCUUACAGAAGAUGAGCGGAAGAGAAAUGCAGAGACGAAGGAGCAGUUGUUCAUGGAUAGAUCUUGUGAACUGGCAGUGUAUAUUUUGUCUUGCUUCAAAGAAGGUAGCGGCAGUGGUCUACACGAGUGUAAUCCCAUAAAAGUUGAUGGUGCGGCCUUGAGUGGUGGUGGAGUUUGCGGUAUGGUGUGGCAAAAUAAAGACCAUAUCAAUGAUGCAUCAGGAAACACUUUGUGCGUGUUUUUUCAUACAUCUCCAAUCUCUCCUUUUAUUCCCAGAGUAUUAGCUGGUACGGACUACCCCAAAAAGAUAGUUAGUGAAGUUGAUUUUGAUAAAACAGUAGUCCUCUGGCAUGAAGAAUUCCAUGGCAGAACUACAGCCAGUUGUUACAGCAGCAACAGCAGGCCUCUUCCUCCUGCUAACUAUCAAAGCUCCAAGGAUAUGCCAAAUGUAGAACCGAGAGAUCAUCACUGGAAUAGUAAUAAUAAUAAUGAUGGUGCCAGAAAAGGUGCGGGGGGCUCUGGAUGGAAUAGCAGCAGGAAGACGUGGUGUCGACCCGAAUUGCAGAAGCAUAACAGAUACACGCCGCUGCCACAACCCCGAUGUGCACAACCCCCAACACCCAUGCCAGUUUCUUCUCCACGAAUUCAAUGGCAGCGGCAUCAACCCCCUACUGUUGCAGAGUCAUCCUAUCAGGGCGGGCCACGAUACAACAAUAAUGUCAUCAGCUCUCCAUGGCAGGGCUGCGGGGUGAAUGGGUCUAGUCCACCAAUGUCAGUUCCAGCUCCAGCAAAUCCAUGGCAGCGGCAUCAACCCCCUACUGUCCCAACAUCAUAUCAGGGCGGGGCACGAUACAACAGUAAUGUCAUCAAUUCUCAGUGGCAGGGUUGCAGGGUGAAUGAUUCUAGUCCAAACACAAUGUCAGCUUCUGCUCCGAGAAAUCAAUGGCAGCAGCAUCGCCCCCCUACGGAUGCACUGCCAUCAUAUCAGGGCAGGGCACGAUACAACAAUAAUGUCAGCAGUUCUCAGUGGCGGGGUUGCGGGGUGAAUGAUUCUAGUCCCGCUGAUUCGGGUAGGUGGAGGGGGAAAUGAUCUAAUAGUCGGCGGGCAACACAAUAGAUAAUAAGUAAGGUCCAGGGCAGACUGGCCGACUGCUCAAUGUUUUGCUUUAGCCCUCCUUUUGACCGAUCUGCCAACGAGCCAGAUGCAUGUGAUCUGGCGUUUUUCUCUUUUUUGAGUGCCAAGGAUGAAGAUGAAGAUUCUCUUGGGGCUUUACUUUAUAGUAAUAACUUUAAAUAUAAGAUGUCCAUUUUGUGACGACAUCUACUUUUGAAUGCUAAUCUAAUGUAGUCUAGUAAUAUGCAUGGUCCUUUUGUGAAGCCUAAUGAGAGUUGUAUAGUAUAUUUACCAUAAGCAUUUGUGAGUACAACCGAACUAAUGUAUCUUUUAUCAUUAUCCAUACAUUUGGAUAAUCACAACAUUAUUCAAUAUAAUAUUACAUGAUACAUGCGCGUAUAGGGUGGCGUAUAGUGUGGACUCCGUGAAAUGAGACACUAUUUAGAGACAUUCAUAAAAGAAAAGUGAGAAGUUUUUAUGGAACAGAUGGAGUAUAAUAACAAUAUCAAUAUUUGUAUGAAUGCUCUUAUUUCAAUGUCAAGAGGAAAUCUAAGAGGGUUAAACUAUAUUGAAUAUGAUGAUGAACUGGAAAAUGAUAGAGGUAGCUCCUUGAAUAUAAUCAACCUGCCAUAUGGAGAGGCAAUUAAGUUGGCGGUUCAUCUGAGCUGACCUCCGCUUGUACUGGCGUCUCCAACUUUGGCAGAAUGGUGAGUGUUUACUUUCUUUCCUAACUCCAAGUCCCUUGCUUGAUGAUGCUGAUCUGCAGGCGGCUUUGCGACUUUGCCAAGAGGAUGAUGAUGACCAUUAUUAAGACUGUCAUUAUGAUUGUGAUGAUUGCUUCUUUUGCUGCACAGCCUAUUGGCAAUGCAGGCCAACACGCCUAAAACCAAGAUCGCCCCGAGAACCAAAAAUGCCAUCCCAUACGAUCCGUUUGAGUGGGACGACGACGAUACUGAGGAUUGAGAUGGAUGAGUUGGGACAUUGCUGUACGGAUAAAUUUGGGGUUGGAAUUGUUGAGACAUUUAUUCUUCUUUUAUCUUUCUAAGUUGGUUGAGAAAUGUUGGUUUGGUCUUGUUCUCUUUAAAGGGG